GGAGGCCUAGGCAAAGCAAGCCUGCCCCUUUAAGGUAGUGUCCCUCCCCUGCCCCGUUCCUGCAGGUGACCCUUGCCCGCCUGCCUCCCAGAAGAAGGCUGGGUCCCCUUCCUUUGGGCGUCUUUCCUGUCUCCUGCUGCCAGCAGGUGGGCUAGGAGGGGGAGCCUAUCCAUCACGGCCCUCUAUAUGACGUGGACUCCAUUGCAUCUUGGCACCUGGAGGCUGAGCCCAGGACUCCAUUGCACCCGGGCACCUGGAGUUUCCCCCUCUAUGGCUUGGGAACUUCUUAAUGUCCACAGCAAGGCCUGCAGGGAACUGAGGGCACAGUCCUAAGGAUGUUCCAGGUGGAAUAGAAGCCAGAAUCAGAGCCUCUAAUUCCUUUCAAUGAUGGGGGCCCCAGUGUGUUAUCUGCUGGCUGGCCUAUGUAUAGGGUUGAUCUUAGGCUGGGUAGGGGGUUCAGUCCCCAACCUGGGCCCUGCUGAGCAGGAGCAGAAUCACUACCUGGCCCAGCUGUUUGGCCUGUACGGAGAGAAUGGGACGCUGACAGCAGGGGGCCUGGCCCGGCUUCUUCAUAGCCUGGGGCUGGGCCGAGUUCAGGGGCUCCGCCUGGGACAUCAUGGGCUUCCAACUGGUCGGGUUGCACUCCCAGCUGAAGACAAUUUCACACACAGGCCACAGGACCCUGAGCUGAGUGUGGAUGUCUGGGCAGAGAUGCCACUGGGUCCCUCAGGGUGGAGUGACCUAGAAGAGUCCAAAGCCCCCCACCUACCCCGUGGGCCAGCCCCCUCAGGCCUGGGCCUCUUUCACAGGCUUCUACUACUGGAUCAUUCAUUGGCUGAUCAUCUGAAUGAGGAUUGUCUGAAUGGCUCCCAGCUGCUGGUCAAUUUUGGACUGAGCCCUGCUGCCCCUCUGACCCCCCAUCAGUUUGCUCUGCUGUGCCCAGCCCUGCUUUAUCAGAUCGACAGCCGUGUGUGCAUCCAAGUCCCAGCCCCAGCACCUCCAGGGAAUCUACUUUCUGCCCUGCUUCAUAGUGCCCUGGCAGUCCUGUUGCUCAGCCUCCCUGCUCCCCUCUCCCUGCUGCUGCUACGGCUCCUGGGACCUCGUCUAUUGCAGCCCCUGCUGGGCUUCCUGGGGGCCCUGGCCGUGGGCACUCUUUGUGGGGAUGCACUGCUACACCUGCUGCCACAUGCAAAAGGAGGGCAACACACAGGAUCUAGCGGACAACCAGAGGAGGACCUGGGUCCAGGGAUAUCGGUGCUUGGAGGCCUCUUCCUGCUCUUCACACUGGAGAACACACUGGGGCUUUUGCAGAACAGAGGUCUCCGGCCAAGAUGCUGCAGGCGAAAAAGGGACCUCGAAACACCAAACUUGGACCCCGAGGAUGGCAGUGGGAUGGCCCUUCGGCCCCUACAGGCAGCUCCAGAGACAGGGGCUCAGGGCCAGAGGGAGCAGAACAGCCAGUCCUCACCAGCACCAGCCCUUCCUGGGCACCAAAGCCACAGUCACAGGCACCAGGGUGGCAGCAGUGCCAACAUCACAUGGAUGGUCCUUCUAGGAGACGGUCUACACAACCUCACUGAUGGGCUGGCCAUAGGUGCUGCCUUCUCCGAUGGUUUCUCCAGUGGCCUCAGCACUACCCUAGCAGUCUUCUGCCAUGAGCUGCCCCAUGAACUGGGUGACUUUGCAAUGCUGCUCCAGGCAGGGCUGUCCUUUCGGAGGCUGCUGCUGCUGAGUCUUGUGUCUGGAGCCCUGGGUCUUGGGGGUGCAGCACUUGGGGUGGGGCUCAGCUUGGGCCCUAUCCCCCUCACUCCCUGGGUGUUUGGGAUCACUGCUGGGGUCUUCCUCUAUGUGGCCCUUGUGGACAUGCUGCCAGCCCUGCUUCGUCCUCCAGAGCCCCUGCCUACUCUCCAUGUGCUACUGCAGGGGCUGGGGCUGCUGCUGGGGGGCAGCCUCAUGCUUACCAUAGCCCUGUUGGAGGAGCAGCUCUUGCCCCUGGUCCCUGAUGGCUGAUGGGGGCCAGGGGCAAGGGGUCCAGGUUGCCCUUCCUUCCCCCCAACCACAGGAAUGGAGGCGGGACACAGGGCCAGUAGGAGCAAUAGGAUUUUAAUAAACAGAACCCAUCCCAAA